GCUCAUUGGUCGCGCUUCGUUUGGAUUUUCACGUGUGUGCGUGUGUUUAGUUUCACUUCCGCACUCCGCUGCUGUCUGUAGCCUGUUAGCCCCUUGGUAUCCACACCUCUCACAUUUUGAGGAAAAGCGCGUUUAUUAUUCAGGGCAGAGAAACGUGCAGCUAACGAAGUUUAUUUUUUAAUAUUUCACUGCGUUCGGAUUUACUUUAUUCUAUCGGCAUAACAAAAUAGAGGCUUUAUUGCUGAUAAAGUCAGCCAGGAAGCGACGUUAGCGUGAGGAAGCUCACUACAUCACCGACUGGCUACAUUUUUUAAAUAUCUGUCAGCUCGUAUGUUAAACUAACUAAACAAGGAAACUUUCCCCACUCAUUCACAGCAGGAGAAAUAUGAAGCUGUUCAGGUGUCCCAGUGGAAAACACUUCCUCAUGUGGACCUUGGCGGUUCAGCUGGUCCUGUGUGAGAGUGGGGUGUACGCUACUGAGAGCAUCAACAGCUGUAAACAGUUCUUUGAGUCUGAGUCAGAACGGACACUCCUCAAUCGACUAGAGCCACUCGCCCAUAAGAACUUUACAGUGGAGCGCAAGAAUGGAAACGAGAGUUACACAUAUGUGUUCCAGUUGUGUGGGGAUGCAGGGGGCGUUCCAGGAGCUGGGGUUAUUCAAGUGGACAGCAAGGGAACGGGAAAGAAACCAACUGUGAUUGGCACGUAUAAUACAACAAAAGCCACUGGAGGAAGUAACUGGGUGAUGUUGUUCUACAAAAAUGGCGACGCAUGUGAUGCCCGCUGCGCCAAGGAAAAGAAGAAAGCCACUGUUAUGAUCUUUUGCAACAGGAGGAUGGACAUGGGCCAGCUCGAGUUGGUUCUGGAGGACAGGGAGGACUGUUUCUACCAGUUUAAGCUGGACUCCAGUGCGGUUUGCCCAGGUCUUCAGUCCAAGCUCAGCACUGGCUCCAUAUUACUCAUCAUUGGGUUCAGUCUUCUGGCUGUUUACCUCAUUGGAGGUUUCCUCUACCAGCGGCUGAUUGUUGGAGCCAAAGGGAUGGAGCAAAUCCCCAAUUAUGCCUUCUGGGUGGAGGCUGGCAACCUCACAGCAGAUGGGUGUGACUUUGUGUGCCGGUCUCGAAAUCGAGACCAAUCCCCAGCUUACAGGGGAGUGGCCCCAGAAAAUUUAGAGGAAGAGCCAGACGAGAGAGAUGACCACUUACUACCUAUGUGACCUCAAUAUGUCAGAAAUGGGACAGUAAUUUUCACUGUGACGCAGUUUACGCUUUCACAGGUUAGAUGAAAUUGCUGCUAGAUGCAAAACUGUUUUCGUUUCCUGUUUUAGGUCAGGACUUGUUCACACUUUGUGUAUAUUCCAGACUUGUACCUAGGGCAACUCCUGAUGAUCUGCUUGUCACUUAAGAGGGAAUGUUACUCACAGGGCUGACAGACUUGUCUUCUCUCUAAACCACGUGUUUUAUUGAUGUCAGACAAAUGAGAUAUACAGAUUGCCAAAUGACAAGGAACAGCGACUCUUCUUCCACAGAAAUCUGACAAAAAAGGGAAUGGUUAAGAAGUUGGAGUUCUACCUGACCUAAGCCUAAUUGCAUAUUGCUCAUUUUUUUUCCUGCUCGGCAAAUUAGUGAUUUUUGACGUAUGUGCAGGUUGCAGCAAGCUGUUCUUCCUGUGGUUGUGGUUGUGCACUGACAGUUGCAGGUUACAAAAAUGAGUGCUUUUGCUUGUGUAAUCUGGCUUUAAUCAGUUUAUGUUUUGUUUUGAAAGUAGAAAAGUAAUAUGAGAAUGUAAAAGCUUAAUUUUCAGUACUGUGAAUAUUCUUACAGCAUUGCUACACAAAUAGAAAUCACUGCAAAAACCA